AUCUAAUACUUCUUCCCAAAAGAAUAAACCCAGAAAGAAUAACCCCUGAAAGGGAACAAUAAAACAUUGAAAUGGCUCGCGCAGUCAUUUUAGUGGCAAUGUUUUGCCUCUAUGCAGCAACCGUGAUUGCUGAAGAUCCAUAUGUUUACUACACAUGGAAUGUCUCUUAUGGUACGAUUUCUCCAUUGGGUACUCCACAACAAGCUAUCCUCAUCAACAACCUGUUCCCUGGCCCUGAGAUCAAUUGCUCCAGCAACAACAACAUCGUUGUCAAUGUCUUCAACAACCUGGACGAGCCUCUCCUCUUCACCUGGCAUGGUAUCCAGUUGAGGAAGAAUUCAUGGCAAGAUGGUACACCAGGAACAAUGUGCCCCAUCCAACCGGGGACCAACUACACCUACAAGUUCCAGGUGAAGGAUCAGAUCGGUAGCUACUUCUACUUCCCAAGCCUUGGGCUCCAUAGAAUGGCUGGUGGUGUUGGUGGCUUGAGAAUAUUCAGCAGGUUGUUGAUCCCAGUUCCAUACCCAGAUCCCGAGGAUGAGUACUGGUUCAUCAUCGGUGACUGGUACACCAAGAGUCACAAGACUCUCCAAGGCUUCCUUGACAGCGGCCGCUCCAUCGGAAGGCCCGGCGGUGUUGUCAUCAACGGCCAAAUCGCCAAGGGUGACACAUCCGACAAGCCCAUGUACACAAUGAAGGCUGGAAAGACCUACAAGUUGAGAAUAUGCAACACUGGCAGUGGCGAAGAACCUAGGGUUUUGGUUUGGAAUUUUCACUGCUUUGCUUCAAGAGGGCUUUAUGCUCAUUCCCCUUUCCCAAUUCCUCCUAACAAUAACAAUAAUAACAAUGUGGAUGAUGCUGUUGCUUCUUUUAUCACCCUUCUUGGUAAGCGCCAUUUGCCCCCUGUGGUUGAGUUCAACAAGAUUUUAGUGUCUCUUGUUAAGAUCAAACAAUACUCCACUGCUGUUUCGCUCUUUGCACAAAUGGAUUUUAGGGGAAUCACUCCUGAAUAUUUUACUCUCUGCAUCUUGAUAAAUUGUUUCUGCCAUUUGGGUCUCAUGGAUUCUGCUUUCUCUGUAUUGGCCAAGAUUAUCAAGUUGGGUCAUCAAUUGGAUGUGGUUGCUUUAAAUACCUUAAUGAAAGGGUUCUGUAUAAACAAGAAGGUCAGGGAAGCAUUGGAGUUUCAUGAUAGGGUAAGAGCUAUGUGA